AGAAAGCGUAAUUUAAUGGAGAUGGAAGCUCUUUUCGUGACAGAGUCUCCCUUACUGCACUACUCAACAGGGCAGAGUUCCAGAAAGCGCUCUUUUCGUUACACCAAACUACACCAAACUACACCAGUAGAAGGUUAAACAUAUAGUCUCUCAAUACAAUCAAUUCUGGCACAUAACUUCCUUACGGUGUCCUUUAUGAUCGAGGCAUACUUAGCUGAGCAACCCAAUACUUAGUUUCUGGAGACUUGAAGUUUCAGUACUCAAAUACAAGUGCCUACCAUCGGGAGUUUGAUUAUCUCUUGAUUAUUAUCAUUAACAAUAAAACUGUGACUUCUAAACAUACUGUUAGUAUAAAUUUGUCUGAGGCGGUGUAUCUACCUCUGACAGGUUGUUUUCAAUCAAAUUUUGGGCCAUAUGGAACUUCAAAACUCCAGCAAUGGAAUAAGGCAUCGCCCAAUCCCACUAAGGGUGUUUAGGGGCCUGAUAUGUUUACUGGUUCUGUUGGCAACAGCAUUUAUGAUGUUAGUCUAUUGGGGUUUUCUGAGUGCUGUCGUGUUGCGACUUUUUAGCAUACAUUAUAGCAGGAAAGCAACAUCGUUUUUCUUUGGUGCUUGGCUGGCUUUGUGGCCUUUUCUCUUUGAAAAGAUAAAUAUGACUAGGGUUGUUUUUUCUGGAGAGUCUGUUCCAGCAAGGGAACGUGUUUUACUUAAAGCAACUCACAGAACGGAGGUUGACUGGAUGUACUUGUGCGACCUUGCCUUGCGGAAACAAUGCCAGGGAUAUAUUAAGUAUAUCCUUAUGGGCUGUAGUUUAAUGAAAUUACCUGUUUUUGGUUGGGGAUUUCACAUUUUGGAGUUCAUCUCAGUGGAAAGAAGGUGGGAGGUUGAUGAAUCAAACAUUCACAAAAUGCUUUCAAAUUUUAAAGAUCCUGGGGAUCCCCUUUGGGUUGCUCUGUUCCCAGAAGGCCCAAUAGAUUUAAGUGAACUGAAGUGGAUAAGAAGUAAAAAAUAUGCGGCUGAAACUGGCUUGCCUAUCCUGAAAAUGGUGCCGCUUCCAAAACAAAAAGGGUUUUGUGCCUGCUUGGCAGAUUUUGUGGGGUUUGAUUAA